AUGAUACUGCACGGUCUGCUGGUGGUGCUGGGUCAGCAUGGCUGGGGAGUGACCUACACCCUGGAGAGUGUCUGUGCCUUGAGAGGCUCAUCAGUGAACCUGUCCUGCUCCUAUACUUAUCCCAAAGGUAAAGUCAGUAAAACAUUCUGGUUUACCACAUGGAAGACUGGUGAAGGUAAAGAGGACCUGAGUGUGGACCCAGAGUAUGCAGGUCGUGUGCAAUACUGUGGGAAUAAGAAGAGUGAAGCAACCCUGAAGAUCACAGACCUGAGAGAGAGAGAUGCUGCUGUGUACAAGUUCAGGUUUAUAACAGACCAACCAAGAGAGAAAUGGACGGGUGAACCAGGAGUCACUCUCUCUGUUACAGGUCUUCAGGUGGAGGUGACUCCGUCCACAGUGACGGAGGGACAGAACGUGACCCUGACCUGUAACUCCACCUGUACUUUGACUGGUAACUCCUCCUACAUCUGGUACAAGAACAACCAAACCAGGCCAGAGACCCAACAGAAGCUCCUGUACCUGGACCCAGUCAGCAGUGAGGAUGCAGGCAGAUACUCCUGUGCUGUGACAGAACACCAGCAUCUCCGCUCUCCUGAAGCGACUCUCAAUGUUACAUAUAAGCCAAGGAAUAUAUCAGUGUCAGUCAGUCCCUCUGGUGAAGUAGUGGAGGGCAGUUCAGUGACUCUGACCUGCAGCAGUGAUGCUAACCCACCAGUGCAGACAUACACCUGGUACAAGGAGAACAUCACCUCAUCUAAAUCAUCUGGACAGAACUACACCAUCACUAACAUCAGCUCUGAGGACAGUGGAGGAUACUACUGUCAGGCUGGGAAUACAGUAGGAGCUACAAACUCCUCUGUUGUAAUGAUCACUCUGAUCAUUAGAACAGGGAUCUCAACAGCUCAGGCUGCAGCAGCAGGAACCACAGUCUCUGUUCUCCUGGCCGUCAUCCUCCUCUCUGCCUGCCUCCUCUGCAGGAGAAAGAAAGCUUCCAAACCUUCUACUGAUCCCAGGCCCUCGGUAGACAAUGGACAGGGGGACUCUGGUCCUGUGUAUAACAACACCUCAGCCAUCGCCCUGAACCUUGUCCCUGCUGUCCAGACACACACAGACACACACACAAACACACACACAGACACACACACCAACACACACACAGACACAGGCCAGCAGGAUGACGUCCACUACGCCAGCGUCGACUUCUCUCGCUCCAAGACCCAGGACGUCCCCCUCUACUCCAACAACCAAUCAGUGCAGCCCCAGAACCAGGAAGAGGAUGUGCAGUACGCUGCUGUGCAGUUCAACCGGCCCAAUCCUGCCCCCCGACCGCAGGGUGGUGAUGCAGCUAUGGAGUUGAGAACUACAGGAAGUGUGUUUGUGGUCUUCCUCUGCUCUGUGGCAGUGGUGCUGGGUCAGCAUGGCUGGGGAGUGACCUACACCCUGGAGAGUGUAUGUGCCUUGAGAGGCUCAUCAGUGAACCUGUCCUGCUCCUAUACUUAUCCCAAAGGUCUUCAGGUGAAGGUGACUCCGUCCACAGUGACGGAGGGACAGAACGUGACCCUGACUUGUAGCUCCACCUGUACUCUGACUGGUAACUCCUCCUACAUCUGGUACAAGAACAACCAAACGAGGCCAAAGACCCAACAGAAGCUCCUGUACCUGGACUCAGUCAGCAGUGAGGAUGCAGGCAGAUACUCCUGUGCUGUGACAGAACACCAGCAUCUCCGCUCUCCUGAAGCGACUCUCAAUGUUACAUAUAAGCCAAGGAAUAUAUCAGUGUCAGUCAGUCCCUCUGGUGAAGUAGUGGAGGGCAGUUCAGUGACUCUGACCUGCAGCAGUGAUGCUAACCCACUAGUGCAGACAUACACCUGGUACAAGGAGAACAUCACCUCAUCUAAAUCAUCUGGACAGAACUACACCAUCACUAACAUCAGCUCUGAGGACAGUGGAGGAUACUACUGUCAGGCUGGGAAUACAGUAGGAGCUACAAACUCCUCUGUUGUAAUGAUCACUCUGAUCAUUAGAACAGGGAUCUCAACAGCUCAGGCUGCAGCAGCAGGAACCACAGUCUCUGUUCUCCUGUCCGUCAUCCUCCUCUCUGCCUGCCUCCUCUGCAGGAGAAAGAAGGCUUCCAAACCUUCUACUGAUCCCAGGCCCUCGGUAGACAAUGGACAGGGGGACUCUGGUCCUGUGUAUGACAACGCCUCAGCCAUCGCCCUGAACUCUGUCCCUGCUGUCAAGACACACACAGACACAGACACACACACAGGCCAGCACGAUGACGUCCACUACGCCAGCGUCAACUUCUCUCGCUCCAAGACCCAGGAUGUCCCCCUCUACUCCAACAACCAAUCAGUGCAGCCCCAGAACCAGGAAGAGGAUGUGCAGUACGCUGCUGUGAAGUUCAACCGGCCCAGUCCUGCCCCCCGAGUCGCUGUUCAGACCACCGAGGAUCCCUCUGUACUCUACAGCACCGUCACCAAACCCAAGCGCUGACAUCACUCAAAUAUGCAUCUAUGCAUACAUUCACAUACAGAUACACAUACACACGCGCACACAGCCGCACACACUUAGUCACAUACACACAACACAACCAGACGAUCUUAACAGCUGAACUUUGUUUGUGUUGGUUUCUGGGGAUGUUAACUUAUGGGGACAUACAAAGCUGUGAUUCUGACUCACACAAUCAUGUCAGGAUUACAUCAGGGUCGUGGAUGCUUAGGGGAAAAAAUCUUCAAUUACAUUUUCCCUUUCCGUCAUAGAUUUUUACCUACCACCUAUAAACUACUCGCAAUGUUAUUUUAUAUCUGUGGGUGCUAAAAUAAUACUUUUAGGAAAAAUGCCAACAAAGGUCUUCCUUUAGUUGUUAUUAGGUUUUUUAUUAAAACAUGAUUGCCAAAGCGGAGAGAGAGCUUGAAAUAUAUUGAUAUACAGAAAGUAAUAUAAUGUUUAUCGUUGUUUAUGUAUCUGAUUGAGUUGAGAUUUGUUGGGCUUUAAAUGGUUGGAGUGAUUGAUUUCACUGUCGACUGUUGAGAAAAACAACUGUCUGUUUGUGUUGUGGACUUAAUUAAUAACGUAAUCAAUGAGCAGAUACAUUGAUUUUAUUCAGGUUUAUAGAAUAUUUCUCCAGUCCUUUGUUGCUGUUGUUGUCGUGACGAUGACGUUGUCAUGUGUGCUUACUUAGCUUGGAUUAUAUGUCGUGGCACAAUUUAUUUUGGUGAUCUUUUUGAGACCACUGUAUUUUUUUUGUACAUUUAUUUGCACAAAAAAAGUGUGUUAAAUUAAAUGUACAUGUAUUUAGUGUAGUCAUUUAUUUACUGGUUGAUUGAUUGAGUGUAAUUCAACUGCCCAAGCCAUUCUGCCUUGCAAGGUAGCUUGUAAACAUUUAAAGUGUGUUAGUUUAAGUAAAAUAUGCUGUAAAGUGGAAUUGAAAAUGAGUUUUAAGUUCAUCACACAACAGAAGAAUGUGUUGUUACUACCCAUCCAAAUUCGAAUGGAAAAAAAAAAUGUCUAUGAGUGUUUUAUGUGUUAAUUACUUUGUCUUUGCAUCGUACCAGCUGAGUAACAGAAUGCAACCGUCUGAUCUGACGUAGAUCGGUCGCUGUGACGUAGAUCGGUCAGGUUUUGGCUCUGCCUAUACAAAACCUGAGAUGAAAAAGGAAGAGAAAGUGUUCUAUGGUCUAACUCCACAUUUCAGUGCAACAAAGUUUUCGCGCUUGAACAUGCUUUCAGGAACUCAUUUCACACAUAUAUAAUGUACUGAGAAGCAAAUCAUGGAAUUUGCUUUACAGGAUCUUUAAGUUUGUUGAUAUUGUUACUGAGAAUAUACUAGAAUAAGUAUAUUUUUCUAACUUUCAUAACACAUUUUUCUACUUGUAUGAUGCUAUGCGAA